AUGUUUGACCGCGUGGAUUGCGCGGGUCUCUACAUCGAUGACCGAGUGCGGUCGGAGAGAUGGGUGCGCAGAAAUUCGAUCGAUGAAUUAACGAUAUCGUCCGAGGGUUCUUUCACAGCCCCCGAAGAACCGGAGGCCCUGCAGGCGGAUGUGGAGCAGCUGUUAGGAGUGUGCAACCAAGUUUACCUCUGCCACAACGGUUCCUCCUUUGCCACUAAGCUAGCCGAGCUCAGCGACCGGUCGGGCAGCGAGUGUAACCCAAUUUUUGCCUUUCUCGAGGUGGACUUCAGCGGCGAAGAGUCGAAUUUGGCCCGCCGAAAAGCCAGUCGCGCCUCGUGGUCAGAUAACGCUCCUCCAUCGCCGGGCUCCAUCCACCGCACCUUCACAUUCUCGACCCAGUCCGAAGAAGCACGGGGCCUCUCACUUAUAUCAGGUAUCUCAAACGAUAUUCAAGCCCAAGAAGGGCCGAAUUUGGUCAUCCCUAUUGCUAUCUUGCGUCUACCUACUCCCGAUGCACCCAGCGACAAUGCGGUUACCAGCCCUACCAGUCAACCUUCCCAAGGACCUAUCACGAUGGAGCAUAAGCAGAUCGCCCGCUGUCUUGAUGCCGGUGCCGUGGAUGUCUUGACCACUCCGCUAGAUCGGUCGCGGAUUCAAGCGCUCGUGGUUCAUGCCUACCGUACCCGUAAAGCAGCCCAGAGAGAGAUGACCCGAUUUCUCGCACGGAGAAAGCAACGAAAGCUUUCUUGGGUUGGUGUGCAUGAUGAGCAGCCGUAUUCUUAUCUAAGAGAAGCCAUGGUUUCAAAGCUCAUGAAAGGAAUUUGCAACCCAGAAGAAGUCAUAUAUGAUGAAUUCCAGGAGCAGGAUCUCAAUGUUGACCCUACGCGUAUCCCUUUUAUCAAACAGCAGGUAGGCAGUUGGAAUUUCUGCGCUCACGAGUUUACCGAGGACGAACUGGUCUUUGGUGCUUGCGAGAUGAUACAGCAUGCUUUCGCCAUGCCGGGACUGGAUACUUGGCGGUUGACCUCCGAUGAGUUGCAAACUUUCCUUCUCGCCUGCCGCGCCGCCUAUAACUCCUUUGUGCUUUACCACAAUUUCCGGCACGCGAUUGAUGUGCUGCAAUCCGUAUUUUGUUUCCUGCUACACAUUGGUGCCUUGCCUCCAUAUGCACCUAUUAGUCAAGUUUCUGUCUUCGAAACUCCCAUUACCUCCCUUCUCACGCCAUUCGACACCCUCACCCUUCUUAUUUCAGCCAUUGGCCACGAUGUUGGCCACCCAGGUGUCAACAAUUUUUUCCUCGUCAAACUCAACGCACCUCUUGCUCAACUCUACAACGACAAUUCCGUCUUGGAGGCGUUCCACUGCGCCGCCUUCUCCCAGAUUUUGCGUCGUCACUGGCCUGCGGCAUUCAAGGACAAUCAGCUGCGAAAGCUCCUUAUCAGCUCUAUCCUGGCUACAGACAUGGGUGUGCACCAGAAGUUCAUGCAGCGAAUGGGCUCAUUCCAAGAAAAGUUUUCCGAAAACGACCGAUCUGUUGAUGGCUGGAAGCCACAAGAUGUCGACAUGUACAAGACCCUCGUUUGUGGAUUGUUGAUCAAAUGUGCCGAUAUCAGUAACGUGGCUCGACCGUGGAAAGUUGCAAAGAAGUGGACGCAAAUUCUGCAAGAGGAAUUCGCCAACCAGGGCGAGAUGGAAAGGGAGGUUGGAAUGGAAACUGCGCUGUUCGGUGGGCCACCCGAAUUAGGGAACAUCUACAAACUGGCUACCGGUCAAAUUGGAUUCAUGUCAAUAUUCGCCCUGCCGCUAUUUGAAGGCAUUUCCGACCUUCUACCGCAGUUGCAAUUCACCACAGACCAUAUUCGUCGCAAUCAGGCACAGUGGCAAGAACUUGCUAAUGAGGACCUGAAGAAGAAAGGUCUGCCGAUCGAGAAACGGCCCGAGAUCACUGUUUCGCCUCGCUCCCAUAGCCCUGCAGUUACUGAAAAGCUGCUCCCCGCCCCAGGAGAUGACACAACCGAUGAAGUCACAUCUCCCGCGAGUUCAGACUCUAAUGCAUACAACGAAAACACCAUUCAACCUGUCGUGUCGCCAGACACCACAGGUCCUCAGAUUGAGAUCACAGGAAGUCCCCUUCUGCCGGCGGCUGAAAUGUCAUCUCGGAAGUCUUCUAGUGCUGUGCCGGAGCUUUCUUGUUUCUCCAUUCCAGGAAUCCCAGAGUCUGCCCGUGGGUCUAUUUCGACACAGCUACAUAGCCCCCUCACAGAAGCAAACCCUAGUACUGAGGAUCCGGCUGUUCUAGCCGCCGUCUUGUAUGCAAACGCAGCCUUCGGUGGUAGUCCUUCAUCAGGAGCAGCGGGGCCUGACCAUUCUUCGGGGCCUGUUGAGAGACCAAGCAGCUCGCGCCAAGGCUGUCCACAGGGCUCUCAACGGGGCUCCCAACGCCAUCAUGCGCACAACAGCUCAUCUGCUCGCACGGGUUCUAAUCGCAAUAGUUGCACACGGACGCAAAGCACCUACAGCAACGCCAUGACACCGAUCUCUCCCGCCACCAAUGCUUCGAGCUUUUUGGCUGUGGAUAGCGGCGACGAAAAGCGAGUCUCCGGGGAAAGUGCUGCGCAAAGUGAUCUUGGAGGACCUGACGACAAUAGCACACGUCCCAGCACAGCGGACGCGUUCCCUUCAGGUGUCUCAGAGCCCGCAGGCAGUUACAGCCCUGGUCGUAGCUCUAUCCUCGGCCGAGGUCAAACUCGGUCCGAAGAUGGUGCCAACAAAGACUUCUCCAGGCUGGGAGCCUACGGAACCCGCAGUCCAACCCAGUCGACGACUACCGGCGAGAGCAUCAAAAAUGAAACCCCACAAGCGGAUGACUCUGCUGCUCCCCGUAGACUUCCUAAGCGGAGGAGUCGGCUUCGACUUGCUUUUUGGAAGCGUCGCAACCAUUCGCACGAGGUCCGUGGCGAAACCUGA